AAAAUAAAUGCAGAUAAUAAUGGUUUGUUUCGCGACGCAGAAAGUUAACAAAAGUCUUUUGCACUUUAAGCUCGCACUGGGUUAAUUUCCCUGAUUUGUGUAUAAACAAAUUUUAUUUGAGUAUAAAAUAUGUUUAAAUUUUAGAAUCGCGUGUAAGAUUUACGAGCUUUUAUGAAUUCCCAAUUGUUUGUUUUUUUUUUUUUUUGUUUUAUUUUAUAAUUAUCAUGACGUCACAUCUUACAUCCAAGCGAAGCGAGAACAAUGAGCGUGAAUAUUUUAAAUUCAUAUUUCGCAAUUAAACGUAGAUGCGCUGACCAGCUCUGAUUUUUCAGUUAGUUUCGCUUUUAGCCGAUGAGCGAACGGUUGAGCCAUGGAUUUAUUUAGCUGUUUUCUGCUGUGCCUGGGAAUUAUUUCAUUACCCAAUAUGGUGUUUACGAUUUGCAUUCCGCCCAAUCACUGCAUUGAAGAUAUGGAGGAAAGCGAUGCAAAAGAGCGAUUCGACUAUGUACUUGGCAAAUAUGAGGAGGUGGACAUGAAAAUUCCCGGAAAACCAGUUGGUUUGCAUGGGAAAGUGGUUACGCAUGGCGAGGCGGAGGAGCAGCACUUGGUGUUCCAGUACAUGGACAAUACGCUGCAUGACAUCAUCCAGACGUGUGCGUUUGUGGUCAAGCGGAAUCCCGGUGAGUGCGAGAACAUCCGCACCUACUGCUCCGCCUUUCUGAGCCGCCUGCCACGCCCCCUGCUGGAACGCCAGCCCAUCAACGUGUGUGACGAUGGGACGCGGGUGGCGGAGGACGAGCCGGAAACGGAAGCGGAAGACAACCCGGAUGCAGAUGCUCAGGGGGAGGCUGAUCCGCAGCAGGAGCAGGGAGGUGGUCAAGCGGAGACCACAACAGCGGAGCCGGCCAGCUCCAAAUUAAGUGAAUUUUACUGAGUGGGGUGCAAUGUCAUCCUGCGGUUUGUUCAUUCAUCUCGACAUUUAACAGACAAUUAAACGCACAAUUCUAAAAUAAGUGCUUAAGUAAAUGCAAUUGAGAUUAAUUUUCUUUGACAUUCAAUUAUCCGUUUUAAAUCUCCCAACUCUUAUAUUUUAUGAAUAUCAACGUAUUUUCAUGUUUUAAGUAUUAAAAACUAAAUGAUACAAAUAA